CCAGCAGCAGCCAGGUGCCGGAUCCCGGUUUUUGCAGUGCUCAUGCUCCGGAUGCAGCGGGACGCGGGAGCAUCAGGAGCAAUUAAGCCGAGUCUCUAUUUUGACGGUACAAUUUAGGGGGCUUGGGUUUUGACACGGGCAGCAUCUGGCAGGAUCCGGGUAGAUCCAGCUGUUCCCUUCCCCUGGCACAGCUCAGCGCAGCGUCCUUGGGCGCUUGCCAUAUUCGGACACGGGCUCAUUGACCACCCCACCCCCACCCCAUACGCCGGGACAGGCGAGCUCGAGGCGUUGAAAGUUCGCCUCCGCUGUGAGCGUCUACAAUGUUCUUGGCACCCGGGGCCCGGGGCGCUGCAGCGAGACGCGGGGCCCUUGUCCAACAUUCGCUCCAGCCCCUCCACCGCGCAGGCCGGGUCUCUGACACCGCGGCGUGCUCCCGCGGCCCGGCUCGCCUGAGAGCCAGUCCCACCAUGCAGCGAGGCCAGGGCUGGGUGCUGCUGGCAGCUCUUCUCAUUGCUGGGCUGGGUCGCCCCGCAUCCGAGGCCUUCAAGAUGAACAGGCGCCCCGCGCGGACUCGAACCUGCGCCGACCGGCCGGAGGAGCUGCUGGAGCAGCUGUAUGGGAGGCUCACCGCGGGCAUGCUCAGCGCCUUCCACCACACCCUGCAGCUGGAACCGCUGGAGAAAGACCAUAACGUGAGCUGUCCGGCAGGGGGCAGAGCAGCCAGUGAGAAAAAGUACCGCCUCCCUAUCAACCUGCACAGCGUCUCCCCCUGGUCUUACAGAAUUUCCUACGAUCCCACAAGGUAUCCAAAGUACAUUCCUGAAGCAUACUGUCUCUGCCAGGGCUGUCUCACUGGGACUUACGGCGAGGAGAAUUUCCACUUCCGCAGCACCCCAGUGUACAUGCCAACCGUCAUCUUGCGACGCACUUCAGCUUGUGCUGGGGGGCGCUACGUGUACACAGAGGAUUACGUCACUAUCCCUGUGGGGUGCACUUGUGUACCGGAGCAGGAAAAAGAGGCAGACAGUGUCAAUUCCAGCAUAGAUAAGCAAGAAAUGAAGUUGUUGGUAAACCAGAAUGACAAGCCAGCAUCUGAAUGAGAAGCAUUCAAGGAACCCUGUGUACAACAGUGGCUUCAAGUUAAUAUUUCACUGACUCAGGAGAUUAUAUAGCAAUAGGGGGGAAAUCAUUUUGUCUUUCUAACUACAACUGUUGCAGUUAUAAGGAGGAGGCUGUGUUCAGUAGAUUGUUACUCAGCCAUGGCAGACAAGAUGCAUCGAGUAAGAAGGAUCUUUUCAAAGUUCAGCUUCCUUAAGUUUGUAUUGUUUAAAGUUAAACACAAUUUUAUUAUAUCCUUGCUUAUUUUGGAUGAAUUUUUAGAAGAGGCUAUAACCGUGUAACAUACCAGCUACUUUCAUAACAAACUACUGGUUGCAAAUACUUUAUAAUAAUUUUAUAGUCUGCCUUUUGGUAAUUCUAUAUAAAAGUCACUUAACUACGCCACAUGUCCCAUGUUAGCAGUAGAAAGGAAGCCAGUAAUUCUGAUUGCUGGGGUCCUCCUGUUACAUUGCAGACUGUAAAAAUCCAAGUGAUAUUCUUGGCUGUUACAACCAUAGUUAUUUAGAGUCUACAAAAUGGGAAACUUUUACCACUUAGUAUUUUUCAACUGUGUUGAAUUGCUAAAGUCAUUCAUACAAUACUCGAUAAAAGGAGACACUCAUAAGAACAUAAGAAUGGCCAUACUGGGUCAGACCAAAAAUCCAGCUAGCCCAGUGUCCUGUCUUCUGACAGUGGCCAAUGCAGGUGCCCCAGAGGGAAUGAACAGAACAGGUAAUCAUCAAGUGAUCCAUCCCCUGUCGCCUAUUCUCAGCUUCUGGCAAACAGAGGCUAGAGACACCAUCCCUGUCUGUCCUGGCUCAUAGUCAUUGAUGGACCUAUCCUUCAUGAACUUAUCUAGUUCUUUUUUGAACCCUGUUUUAAUAAACUGAGUUAAUAAACUCUCUUUAUUAUUGCUAAAUUCCCCGUGCUGCUAUGAAUACAAAACCUGCUGAUAAACCAUAUCAGAAAAAUUAAUAUUACAGUUUUGUAACAUUCUACUCAAUGUUUUAACUCUUUCUAGUAAUAAAAAGACACAUAUAUAAUAAAGAGACAGACUCUGGGACACAAGUAUUCUACAUUAUAUCCCAUUCCUUGUCAACCUCUUAAUUGUUAGUCAUGACAGCUGUAUUCUGUAACUUUGCAAGCCUUCUCAUGUUGACAAUAAAUCCCACUGAGGGAAAGUCAAUAGUAAAGAGAACUAAUGAAAUUCGGCUAUUUGUACAACAUGUGUUAUUGUCUUUCCUGUGCAUUACCAAUAAUUGGCUAACAACCCAUGAAAGAUUUAUAAUUAUGUAGUUAGUGGCUCUGGAACAAUUUGUAUAGUGGGGUUGCUGAGAACCAUUAAACCAAAUUGUAAACCCUUUAUAUGAUGGAAACCACUUCAAGCCAGGGGGUGUGGUAGCACCCUGAGCACCCCUAGUUCUGGCACCUGUCUAUGUAGAACCAUUUGGUCUUAUACCCCCAGCAGGCUACCGUCACUGGAGGGCAGUGAGAUCUCAUGUUUUUGCAGAGGUCUGAUGUACUAGUUGGUGGACCUAACAGUGGUAUCCAUAUGUUGGUAACACAUCCUAGCUAUUUGAAAGACUGUAUGUCUCCCUCUCAAGGGGCCGUGACUCAGGCUGAAUCAGCCAAGUGACUUCUGUAACACAGACACACACUGUGUGGCCACAGCCACUCAAGGAAGCUGCACUCGCCAGUGACAAUGGCUCUCUCGACAGGGAGAGUAAGACGGAGCUUUUUCAGCAGGAGGCUCCUGACUGUGCCACUCCAUUACAGAAGAGCUGAGGAUGAAGGUACUUGUGUAGUAAUAUGUUUGCUGCAUCAACAACCUCAAAAUUAUACUUGGUCCAUGCAGGUGUUCUUUAUGUUAGACAGAGUCUCCAAUGCCGGCAAGAAAUCAAGACACUAUCCAGACCAACAUUCCUUUUCUUGUAUCCCCACAGUGCAUAGGGGUAGUAGUGAGGCAUAGGAAAGACCAUGAGCAAAGCAGAAUUUAACAAGUGGAAUAAGCAGCGAAUUAAAAAUCAGUCACGCUACAUUACGUGUCUUUUUUUGUCUUUUAGUGUAUAAUGUUUAAGGUUAAGGUUUUGUCGCAGGUAUUUUAGUAAAAGUCAUGGACAGGUCACAGACAAUAAACAAAAUUAAUGGAAGCCCACAACCUGUCCUGGACUUUUCUAAAAAUAUCCUGGGCGGAGGGAGACUAACAGUUGGAGCCCCACCAGGGGCUGACAGCCAGCUCCUGCUCCAGCUCUGGCCACUGCUUCUGGGGCAGGAGCUGACCACUGGCCUUGGGGGCUGCUCUGACCCCAGGCCGCUGCUCCUCUAGCCCUGAUGGCUGCUGCUCUGACCCUGGCGGCUGACCCAGCCCUUGGCUGCUGCUCAGGUGGCAGCUGCUGCAAAUCCACCAGUCCCAGGCCACUGCUCCUGUGGUGGGGGCUGACUACUGGCCACUGCUCUGGUCCCGGACCAUUACUCCGGCCCCGCCACUACUCUUGGGCUGGGGCUGACAGCUGCUCCAGCUCUGCCACUGUGGUGGGCUGAAGCUGAAGAAGCCACAGAGGUCCACUGGACUCACAGAAUCCGUGACUGCCAUGACCGAACUGGAUCAUAAGAACGGCUACAGUGGGUCAGACCAACGGUCCAUCUAGCCCAGUAUCCUGUCUGCUGACAGUGGACAAAGCCAGGUGCUUUAGAGGGAAUGAACAGAACAGGUAACCAUCACGUGAUCCAUCCCCUGUUGCCCAUUCCCAGCUUCUGGCAAAUGGAGGCUAGGGAUCCUUAUUAAUGUUCACCAUGCCUUUUAUACCUUGGUACACUAAACCAAAAUUUUUGUACUGCAGUUAAUCCAGCUUCUUAUACAUCCUCUAGAACAUUUAAAACUCAAUAAUUCUAUAAUCCAUUAGGUAGGAACAAAACACCUUCAUGAUGUAAGAGUAAAAUAUUUAACAGGCUCUAAUAAAGUAAUAUUCAAUACACUUGUUUAACAGUUACAGACUAUCCUAUCCCCUUGGUCAAAGGCUUCUGCCGGAUUUUUGUUUAGCUUAUGUUGUAAUUUCAGAAUUUUACAUACAUAUGUUUUGUCACUAAGCAUUGCCCUAAAUUUUGCAGGAUAUAGAGUUUGCAGUUGUUAUCCUUGUGCUAAAUUUCUUUAUGACAUUGUUUAUUUUUUCACUGAGGCUGAAGCUGAUCCUUUAGGCUCAACCCUGUGUGAAGUCAUUUUCCACUGUUACAAAAUUGCAAAAAAAAGUUAGCAUUUGAUAACCACACAAAAAUGGAUAUUCGUCAGCUAAUGUGUAGGAGUUCAUCAGCAACAUAUCCAAAUCAUUGGGGUUCUGAGACACUUUCCACCACAAGCAUUCUUUUGUCCAGACCUUGUUUGGGCACAAUAUUCAGAAUGUCUACCAAUAGUCAGAUAGAAAAGGUGGGUGAGGUAGUAUCUUUUAUUGGCCAACUUUUGUCCAAUCAAUCAUUCUAGCAUUAAACAAUUAUAAUCUAUAGUUGAUGGGAACCAUAUCCUGAAAGAAAUCUUUCCUGAACCUCCUCUUCUGGCCUUCAAACAAUCUCUCAACCUCAUGAAGCUCAUCAUCAAAAGCACGCAGGACACACCAACUCAAAGUGGCACCAGUCCCUGCCAGACCAACAGGUGCAAAGCCUGAAGAUAUAUCUCCACUACUAUAAUGAUCAACACCCUCCACAACACACCGUUCAAGAUCCAUGGGUCCUACACAUGCCUAUCACAACAUGUGGUGUACCACCUCCAGUGCACUAAAGGCCCCAAUAACAACUAUGUGGGUGAAACCAGACAAUCACUACACUCUCAAAUGAAUGCAUACAGAAAAAUGAUAAAAGACAAAAACAUCAUCUGACCCAUAGGUGACUAUGUUUCACAAAGUGUUCACUCCAUAUCUGACCUCUCAGUCCUCAUCCUCAAAGGAAACCUGCAUGUAGGAUAAGUAUAAAAUUAAAGAGUUAAAAUUAGCUUAUUGGUUAAGAAAAUGUAUAUGUGUUGUAAGGAAAGGUCCUGACUAGCAAGUAGAAGGCCUCAAGUCAUAAGGCCAAAAGGAAUGAAGUAGGGAGGGUAUCUGGUUCAAAGAAUAACAAAUGAAAUAAGAGGAAGUUUCUAAAAAGAAGGCCUCUGACCGAUAGGGGUGACUGUAGAUGGUUUAAAAUCAAACAAAGAAUCUGUCUUAAAAUGAGCUAACACGGCCCUUUCCCACCGCACAUAUCCACGUCAUCUCCUAUGUGAACCCAGGUUCAAUGAAAUAGCUGUUGGUCUUCAGAAAGGAGGGGAAGAGAUAAGGAAGAAAGGCCUUGGGAAGGAAGGAGGUUGUAAAUCUUAUCUGGAUUAAGACUGGAAUUAAGGGUGAACCGUCUCAAACUGGUUUUUAUUUGAAGUCAUUAAUUGGCAAUGACAUCACUUGUUUGUUAAAGAGUAUAAAAAGUCAUCUUUUAAAGGGUUCAUUGCUAAUACCUGCCUGCCCAUUCUGGAGCCAAACAAUAUGGGUCUCAGCACCCCUGGGUUCAGCCCGUUUAUAAAUAUCUUCAUCAAAUGCUUAUAAAUGUUUUGUUAGUGUUUGGCUGUAGUAAAGUGCUGAUUAGUUAGACUUUUUAAGAGCACUUGCAUAAAGUACCAUUUGGCCUUUGAAUCAUAGAAUAUCAGGGUUGGAAGGGACCUCAGGAGGUCAUCUAGUCCAACCCCCUGCUCAAAGCAGGACCAAUCCCCAAUUUUUGCCCCCGAUCCCUAAAUGGCCCCCUCAAGGAUUGACCUCACAACCCUGGGUUUAGCAGGCCAAUGCUCAAACCACUGAGCUAUCCCAUAAAGGCGUGUAUGGUUAAAUUAGUGUUGGUUGGUUUUCCAUGAAUAUUAAUAAUUUCAAAUAUUAUUAAUAAUCCCAACACUGCACAACACCUUCAAAAGACGAGCCUGGGAAUUUAAAUUCAUAACUCUGCUAGACACCAAAAAUCCUGGACUUAAUAAAGACACUGGCUUUAUGGUUCAUUACAACAAUCUAUAACCCACUAAUCCGCCUUUGUUGUAUGAGUUGUUAACGUCACCUGGCACGGUCUCUUGAAACAUAGGUUAUCACUUUAUUCCACCCUUGUAUUUAGCUAUGACACUCCAAGUACCUUUUCCAGACCUGAGGAAGAGCUCUGAGUAGCUUGGCAGCUUGUUUUUUUCACCAGUAGAAGUUGGUCUAAUGAAAGAUAUUAGCUCCCCUGUAGUAGUGGGAUUUUAUGUUUGUAUUUUAUAUAAUUUAAAAUAAAAAAAUAAAAAAUAAUAAUGUAGCAUGUAUUAAAUGUAUUGAUGUAUGGUUUGAUCAUAUCCUGCCAGCCACCCUUUUUCAAUAACAAAAAGGAAUGACCUAAUGGGCCAAUGGGUAGAAAUACAUCAGCCAGAAUCUGUGUAUGGACUGAUUUCAAAGCAGUAACAGAUCUUUGAGGGUCAUCAAUUCGUUGUAGGUUUCACAUUUUAAACUAAAUAAAAGAAUGCCAUGAUUGUUUUCUUUUGCAAUGCAAUUUGAUGUUCCUGUUCAAAAUGUUCUGUGUAAAUUAAUUCUGUUUUGUAUGUGAAUAAGGAAUGUAUGUGUUAAGAGAUAAGUGUAAAGGUCAUCGCUGAACCAGAGGUAUGAGGGAGGAACUGGAGACCGACACAAGGGCACCAGGAGGCUGCAACACGCCCCUAUUGAAAUGUCAAAGGAGGGCAAAUUAAUGACUCUAAAAAUAAAGCAAGCACCUAUGAAUGGGAACAAAACAGCUGUAAUCAAAACUAGCAUAAAAUAACUCCCUAAAAAUGUAAUAAAAAACAAACUAAAAAAAUUUAAAAAAAAACAAUUUAAAAAAACAAGCGCUCAUCAAACAAAAAUCAAUUACAGCAUGAUGGUGCAAAACUCAUUGGUCCCAGUGAAGGAAAAUCACUAUAUAAAUAGGGUACCUUGCCAUGAAACUUUGGGUUCGUCCUGCCAAGACUUCCCUGGAGCAUCGUGUCGCAACCUACAGAACCCAGCUCCUCCCUACCCGUGAUCAACCUAGCUGGCCACUAGUUUGAUCCGAACUCUAACAUCAAGUGGCGGGACAGUGUGUGUGGUGUGAUUAAAUGCAUAUGCUAAUUGUUAUAUCUUCAAUAA